AUGGCGGGACGCGGCCGCGCCGUGGUGCGCCUGGCGGUGCUGCAGCAGCUGCGGGCCGCGUAUGGGAUCAAGGUGAAGAGUGGGAGCUGCCGAGGGGCGGCGGCGACGCAGCCUGGGGCAGCGGCUGUAGAGGGCAAAGUCUUUGGAAUAUCGCUUCAUUCGUUACCUCAGUCAGUUGUACCAGAGUAUGGAAGUAUUCCAAGCUUUCUUGUUGAUGCUUGCAAAUAUUUAGAAGAGCAUGUUCACACUGAAGGACUCUUCAGGAAAUCUGGAUCUUUUGUUCGUUUAAAAACAUUAAAGAGUCAACUGGAUCAAGGUGAAAACUGUCUACCUGCAGCACUGCCAUGUGAUGUUGCAGGGCUUCUUAAACAGUUCUUUAGAGAGUUACCAGAGCCGAUCCUUCCAACUGAUCUACAGGAAGCUCUUUUCAAGGCUCAGCACCUGGAAAAUGAAGAGAAGAACACUGCCACAGUGCUGAUUUCCUGUCUUGUGGCUGACAGAACAAUAAAUACUUUGCGAUACUUUUUCAACUUUCUCAGAAAUGUGUCCCUAAGAUCCAGUGAGAACAAAAUGGAUAGCAGUAAUCUGGCAGUGAUUUUUGCCCCAAACCUCUUACACUCAAGUGAUAAUGAAAAGCUGUCCGUUAACACAGAAAAAAAGCUUCGUUUGCAGGCUGCUGUUGUGCAAACACUUAUUGAUCGUGCAGCAGAUAUUGGACGUGUACCAGAAUUUAUCCUGGAAAAAAUACCUGCUAUGUUAGGUAUUGAUGUUCUUGAUUCUACUCCUUCACUGAAAGGCUAUGAAGAAAGUGAAUCUCCUAGUCAGUGUAAAAGAAGGAGAAGACGAAGUGUUGGGGAUAUUGUUAGUGGAGCAUUGAAUAAACUUAAAUCUAACAGAACACCCUUUACUACACCUCAGCGAGACAGAAAUGUGACUCCAUUGAUUCUUACUCCAAGCACCAAGCGUAAACUUCCAACUGAUUCUUCUCAAGGCUUCUCUAGCAAGAAAAGGCGAUCCCUGAAGCAUAAUUUUGCUUUUGAAUUGCUCUCAAGUAGUCUUUUUAGCAGCGCCUCAACACCAGCAUCAGCUCAGUUUGAAGCAAGCCCUUGUAUCUCUCUCGAGUCAUCUCAGAGUUCACUGUCUCCCUCAGUCAGCAGUGAAAAGCAUCUAUCUAAUACAGGAAAUCGAAGAAGUAAAAGAAUUGCAAGCAAAAAAAUUUACAGGUUAAAAAUGGCCAUCAGAAUGACAACUACGUUGCUUUAUAACAUGGUAUUUUUGCUAGCAUUUGGAUUGGCUUUGGCUUCUAGUCACAGUCCUAGGACCCCAGAUAAAGUUUCCGAAGCAGAUAUUCAGAGACUCCUUCAUGGGGUUAUGGAACAAUUAGGCAUUGCCAGACCCCGAGUAGAAUAUCCAGCACACCAGGCUAUGAAUCUAGUGGGUCCACAGAGCAUUGAAGGUGGUGCUCAUGAAGGUCUUCAGCACUUGGGUCCUUAUGGCAAUAUUCCAAAUAUUGUGGCUGAGUUGACAGGAGAUAAUAUACCAAAGGAUUUCAGUGAAGAUCAAGGCUAUCCUGACCCUCCAAAUCCCUGCCCUAUUGGAAAAACAGCUGACGAUGGAUGUCUAGAAAACACACCAGACACAGCAGAGUUCAGCAGAGAAUACCAGCUGCACCAACACCUUUUUGAUCCAGAACAUGACUAUCCCAGCCUCGGCAAGUGGAAUAAGAAUUUUCUCUUUGAGAAGAUAAAGGGUGGACCAAAAAGAAGAAAAAGGAGUGUGAACCCAUAUCUGCAAGGACAGAGACUGGAUAACGUUGUGGCAAAGAAGUCUGUUCCUCAUUUUUCAGAUGAAGACAAGGGCGCUGAAUAAGCACAAUAAAAAUGAAUGAUGAAAACUCAUGCCACCCUCCCGUAGAUCAUAAUAUUGCUUACAUAUAAUCAGCUAUUAAAAUCCUUGCAAUGGCAGCAUGUUUAUUAUUUAUAUAAUUAUGGAUGAAAAACAGAUGUAUUUAUAACAUUGUUCUCCUGGAUAAUGAAAAUAUGAUUCUGCUUUCUGUUAAAUUAUGGCAAUAGGACCUUUUAGUUGUUUUUGUUUUCAUCAUGGAGCGAGUUUUAAAAAUAUUAGUCAUUUUAGUAACUAACAUGAGUUAAAUAGCAUUAAACAGCAGCUUGUAAAACAGAAGAUAUAAAAAAUUAUCCAGUUUAAUUCCAGUGUUUAUUCUUAUAUUUUCCCGUGUUUGACACAUGAAAAUUAUAGUUUUAUUUUUUGUUCACAGAUACUGUGAUUUAACAAACUGAAGUAAUGAUAAAUGUUGUUUUAUCCAGAUACUUUCAGCUUUUGGUCUAUUUUAAUAAAUAUUCAAGCAAUCUACAGUGUUUACAGAGUGACAUUUUCCACAGUAUUUGGAGGAUAAUCUGCCUUAGCUAUUGCUGUGCUAACUAGAAAACUGUGGUUUGAAUCUACAUACUGAAGUAUUUUUCCUGAUCAGUUUUUAUCAUUUCACUAUCUCAUCCUUCCCAGAUACUCACACUCUCACCUUGGCUACCUGCUGGUACUUCUCUAGUUUGCAGACUAUGAAAUCCAAUUUUUUUUCUAAGUGGCUACUGCAUUUGCAUAUUUUAAAAGCAGCCCAAUUCAUACUCCUGUGGAAUGCUAUGACUGAGGAAAAUAACAUUUGUGUCUGAUAACAAAGAUUUCAAGUCAGAUGUAGCUUAUUUGUAAGUGGGAGGCUCUCCAUUGUUUUUGGACAUAAGGUGUCCUGUCAAUCUAAAUUCCAGGUCAUGGGCCCCCUCUAAUAAAACAGGGAUGAUCUUAUAAAAAUCAGGACAGGUACCAACCCUACCUGGCCCCAACCCAGCACUUUAAAUAUUCAGUAUGACCCUUAGCCUCACCACAAUACAGUCAAUACAACUCAUCAUCAGUCAGCUGAUUGGCAGUCAACACAUGCACCUCUAAAUAUCCAAACUGGGCUAUAGUGCAGAUGAGAUUCCCAGCUGUAGGCUAAUCAAUAGACCUCAUCCUGGGCCUUCAACUGUACCAAUAGUCUGGUGAUGGUAAGCCCCAUAUCAGGCUACGUAAAUUACUUGCUUUGCUGCAAGAGAAAAAAGGUGAAAAGGGAUCAGCAUCUAUUUCAUGGGCAUUUAAUACUCCUGUGGAAGAAGCCAGGUGAAAACCUGUAGUCCCUGCUUAGCAGCCUAACUGUUGGUGCUCCACCACUGGUCUUUAAGUUGCAACUGGUUAGCUCACCUCAGACACCCUUGUCAUGCUGGUGGACUGGAGGAGGGUGCUGUUUCCUUCCUAAACCAACAAAUUGAUAUCCACCUUACAGUCAGAUGAGCUGUGAUGGGGCCACCAGAUCCAAUUUUGUUACUUCUAGAAGCUAUCUGGCAUUGCUUUCCAACCCAACAGGCCACAUUACUCACUUGAUAUGUAUUUUUCCUACAUAUCAAAUGCCCUAGAUUUUAUAGCAAAUGGGCUCACCUUAUAUUUAUAAACCUCAACCUGUGAGACAAGAUACACACACCCCACUCAAAACAAACAAACAAAACAAAAUAGAACAAAAAAGCUCAACAACUUAGAUUAAACAAAAUGAACUAGGUACAAGACUGACAAGACUGAUAGGAGCUGAAAUUCUACUUGAGUUUAUAUGCAGGUUCACCAGAUUUCCAAAAACUGGACUGAAGUGAAUUUUGAGUUUCCUAUUGUAGCAAUUAAAGCUGAACAAAUAAUUAAUAAUAUAUUAUUUAUUCACUGAUUUCUUGCCUCUCUCAAACUUUGCAAGCAGAUUGCAAAACUCUAGAAUUCACUCUACCGUCUGAAUUCAUCGUGCGUUGCUUCCCAGUCUUUCCUUUCUUACAAAGAUUGUAUGAACAGAAUCUUUGAGUUGAAGGGAGUAUGUUGUAGGGUGAGAUUUGUAAUUGGAUAGGGCAAGAAGC